AUGGGUGUUUCUAUUGCAAAUCUUUAUGAUGCCCUUAGAGAGGCUACACAAGAAGACGUCGAACUUUUCGAGGAUAAAUUGAGUCAAAUCGAACCGGUCCACACUGACGAUGGCGUUAGGGAGAGGUUUCUUCAACCAACCAACGUUUUGCCAUGGAGUCUAUUAGAUCAGGUACAACAAUUUCCACAGAGUAGAGAUACAGACUACAAAGAUUUCUUAACAAUUCCUGAACCUAUCAAUAGAACUUCUUUCCAUUUGAGAAGGAAAGGUAUCGAUGGUCAUGUGUCAUCGUAUGAAGAGGAAGUGGAUCUCAAAGAAGUCGCCAAUGCUAAUGCUGCCAAUUCCUUAUCGCUGAAUAGAGGCAUUGAUACUCAUAGUAAUUCCGUGAGGGGCUCGACUGCUCAACUACCCUUUAUGCCUGGUGGUGUUUCCAUGACAGCAGUUCAGACUACACAAGGAAUGUCUAGCGUGGCGGCUUCUACCAAAAUGUUGCAUAAGGACGAUCAAGGUCUUUUCGAUGUACCUCGUGGCUUUGAUCGAGGCAUCGAACCUUCUAAUGCAUUUACCACUCCUGAUAACCAAGAUAGAGUUGAUGAAUUACAAGAAUUGGAUCAAGAAGAUAACGAAUUGGAGGUACAACAAGAAGUCGAGGAACAGCAAAGAGGUUUAGAAGAUAGUGUAGAGGAGAAAACCACAAGGGAGAUCUUAGGAGAAGAAGCCGAUAUUCCUAAUGAUGAUAGUAGAGCUGCCGAAGAUAUCGAUGAGUUAUUACCGAUGGGUAUUGAUUUUGCACGUAAUGUGGUUAACUCUAAGGGUACACUAAGACCUAAAGAAUGGGCCCAUGUAGUUGAUUUGCAUCAUAAGAUUGAUAAUUUUGAGGAGUUAAUCCCCAAUCCUGCGAGAACGUGGCCUUUUGAACUGGAUACUUUUCAAAAAGAAGCUGUCUAUCACUUAGAACAAGGAGAUUCUGUGUUUGUGGCGGCACAUACUUCAGCAGGUAAAACUGUAGUGGCGGAAUACGCAAUUGCCAUGGCAAAGAGGAAUAUGACAAAGACCAUCUACACUUCCCCGAUAAAAGCUUUAUCCAAUCAAAAAUUUAGAGAUUUUAGAGAAACUUUUGAAGAUGUCGGUGUAGGUUUGAUUACUGGUGAUGUGCAAAUCAAUCCCGAAGCUGGUUGUCUUAUUAUGACUACAGAAAUUUUAAGAUCUAUGCUUUAUAGAGGUGCAGAUUUGAUCCGUGAUGUGGAGUUUGUCAUCUUUGAUGAAGUUCAUUAUGUCAAUGACCAAGAUCGUGGAGUUGUUUGGGAAGAAGUCAUCAUCAUGUUACCUCAACACGUUAAAUUUAUCCUUCUUUCUGCUACUGUGCCCAAUACUUACGAAUUUGCCAACUGGAUUGGUAGAACAAAGCAAAAAAACAUUUACGUCAUUUCAACUCCAAAGAGACCUGUACCACUUGAAAUCAACGUUUGGGCUAAAAAUGAGAUGAUACCCGUGAUAAAUUCUAAUAAACAGUUUCUAGAGGCAAAUUUCAAGAAGCACAAGGAAUUAUUAGAUGGGAAACCUGGCAGUAAGGAGAACGGGACUGGCUCUUCAGCAGCUAGUAGAGGAGGCAGCGCUCGUGGUGGCCGUGGUGGCCGUGGUGGUUCCGCUCGUGGUGGUUUCCGUGGUGCGGGAGCCGUAGGAUCCAACAAGAGUAAAUUUUUCAAGAAAUCCGGUCCUAAUAAAAAGACUUGGCCAGAGCUGGUUAAUCAUCUGAGAUCCAAGGAUUUAUUACCAGCAGUCGUCUUUGUCUUUAGUAAGAAGAGAUGUGAAGAAUAUGCAGAUUGGCUCGAAGGUGUCAAUUUUUGUAAUGGUAGAGAGAGAUCUCAAAUUCACAUGUUCAUCGAGAAAUCGGUUACGAGAUUGAGGAAGGAGGAUAGAGAACUUCCACAAAUUAUCAAAAUUAGAUCCUUGUUGGAACGUGGUAUCGCUGUCCAUCAUGGUGGGCUGCUUCCUAUUGUUAAGGAAUUAAUUGAAAUGGUCUUCGCUAAGGGUCUAAUCAGAGUUCUCUUUGCUACAGAAACUUUUGCCAUGGGUCUAAACUUGCCUACUAGAACCGUCGUGUUCAGUGAAAUAGAAAAGCACGAUGGUCAAGGGUUGAGAUUCUUGAACCCCGGUGAGUUUACCCAAAUGGCAGGAAGAGCAGGUCGUAGAGGUUUAGAUAAAACAGGUACCGUGAUCGUAAUGACUUAUACCGAUCCACUACCAGUGGCGUCUUUUAAAGAAGUGACCAUGGGUGUCCCUACCAAAUUGGAAUCGCAGUUUAGAUUGACAUACAAUAUGAUUCUAAACUUGUUGAGAAUUGAGGCCUUAAAAGUGGAGGAAAUGAUUAAAUACUCAUUCAGUGAAAACUCUAAACAAACCUUGUUGCCAGAGCACGAGCAAAAGAUAAAGGAGUUACAGCAGAAGUUGCAAGAUGUUAGGACUUAUGACGAUUGUGAAUAUUGUAAGAAAGAUAUAGAUCAAUUCCUCAAUUCCGCUAUUAAAUUGAAAGAGUGCACUGCUCAUAUGAUGGAGGAAUUGGUGAAGACUGAUAAGGUCUAUCAAGUGUUGAGAAUGGGUCGUCUUCUACUGUUUAGAGAUGAGAAUGAUAAUUUGAAAUUAGGAUUUGUAUUCCGUAUUCACAUGAAGAAAUCAUCUGUGAUCGUGAUGACGUUUACUGAACCCAACACUUUGGAAUCUGGCGAACCUAAUCAUUUGCCUUACAUGGUUAACUUGAGCUCAUAUACCAAGAGAAAUUUCAGUACAUUCAAGACUGUUGAGUUUUUCAUGGAAGAAAUACCUAUAACUUCCAUCGAAUUAACUACUGCAUAUUCCAUUAAAGUGUCCUUUACCGAUUUGAUGAAGAAACAACCUGAGGCUUUGAAGAUGUUUGAUGAAGAAGUUAGAAUCAUAUUAAAGAUCGCUCAAAAAUUUAGAGAAAGUACUUCUGAGAAACAGGGUAGUUUGAAAGUUCAUCAAUACGUUUUAGAAAGGAAUAAUAUUCAAAAGGAAAUCUCCACAUACCAAGCCUUGAGCUGCCCCAAUUUAGCCGAGCACUUUGUGCCCAAAUAUAAGGCUUUCAUGAUUGAAAGAGAUAUCAAGGAGUUGUAUCACUUAAUGUCUGAUCAGAAUCUAAAUCUAUUGCCUGAUUAUGAAAAGAGAUUAGCCGUCUUGAAAGACGCUGGCUUCAUCGAUCAAAACCAUAACGUUUCUUUGAAGGGAAGAGUUGCUUGUGAAAUUAACUCAGGUUACGAAUUGGUCAUUACAGAAUUGAUUUUAGAUAACUUCCUUGGUGAUUUUGAACCUGAGGAGAUCGUUGCUCUACUAUCGUCUUUUGUCUAUGAAGGACGUACUAGGGAAGAGGAACCACCAGUAGCAACUCCAAGGUUAGCAAGAGGUAAAAAGAGAAUCGAAGAAAUCUAUAGCCAUAUGCUCGAAGUGGUCGUCAAUCACCAGAUACCUUUGACUCAAGAGGAGGCAGAAUUUCUGGAUAAAAAAAGAUUUGCCAUGAUGAAUGUAGUUUAUGAAUGGGCCCGUGGUCUUUCUUUCAAAGAAAUUAUGGAAAUAAGUGUUGAAGCUGAAGGUACAGUGGUCAGGGUGAUUACUUGGUUGGACGAAAUUUGUCGUCAAGUAAAAACUGCAUCUAUUAUCAUUGGUAACUCUAAUUUACAUAUGAAGAUGAGUCAAGCUCAGGAACUGAUUAAAAGAGAUAUCGUCUUUGCAGCUUCUCUUUACUUGUAA